AUGGACACGUUUGUGACACUGGCAGAAGUGCUGGAGGCCAGAGGAGUGCCUCUGGAGGAAGACGAGGUGUGGUCCCUCCUCCAGGUUACCGUGGAGAUGCUGCUGGACUCCUCCUACAAAGGUUCCAGCAUGUGUAAUAUCAUCAGUCCUGGAUCGCUCCUGCUGUCCGCCUCCGGUCACCUGGCCUUUAAGAACUGCUCUCGCUCAGAGGAUGUGGGGUCUUUCACAGCCCCUGAGACACUGCAGGGUCGGGCCAUCACCACCAGGCUGGCCACGGAGAAGAUGAUGAUUUAUUCCCUGGGAAUGACCCUCUACUGGUCUGUUGACUAUCAUCUUCCUCAAAACCAGCCUGUCCAGCUGAGUGACCAUCUGAACCACCUCUUACUGAGCAUGUGCGAAGACAUGCCCCACAGACGGGCCAAUCUCCUGGCCAUCCUGGAGACGUGUGACACGCGCCACAAAUCAGCCAUCCUCGCACCUCCCCCCACUGUCAUCAAACAGCUGGUGGAGGAUGUCUUCCAGGUGUCAGUGGAACGUGUGUCAGAGAGUGCAUCUCUCCUGACUGAUCGCAGCCAGAUUAUCAGAGAGAGGCUGCACGGAGGCGUUCAUCAGAAACCACCUUGGAUACAGAAAGUGAAGAGCUCGCCUGCCCACACUUAUCAGACUCGCAGCAACCGAAUGCACAAGGAGCCAUGUCAAAGAGGCAGUGACCACACCUGGCACACCCCUAGUCCUUACACCCCUCAAAACAGUGACACCAGACCACCACACCUCUCUGACUCCAAUACCAGUCUCAUCCAAAAAAGAGCCAAGGGACCAGAGUUUAUCAGAAGCCAGGAGCCUCAGAUUGUGCUGGAGCUGCCUGGAUCCAUAGUGUCUAAGAAAGGGAAGUCUUAUUCAACACAGAGAGAGCUGACUGCGGUCAUGCCAAAUGGUCAGCGUAUCCUGGUCAAGUGUGACGUCAAGUCCAAAGGAGGGGACGUUUUCGACAUGGUGGUGGCUCACGCCAACCUGGUGGAGCACUUCUACUUCAGCCUCGCUUUCUUGGAUGAUGAUGAAUUUUUUUUUCUUGAUCAUGAGACAAAAAUCUCCAAAGUUGCACCUGAAUGCUGGAAGAAAGCACCCACUGCAAGCUUUGUCCUUUUCCUUCGAGUUAAGUUUUUCGUGGAUGACAUCAGUUUCAUUUUACACAGACUCACUCAACACCAGUACUAUCUGCAGUUGAGGAAGGAUAUUUUGGAAGACCGGGUGCAGUGUGAUGAGGAGACAGGCUUGCUCCUUGGUGCUCUGGCACUUCAAGCUGAAUUCGGGGACUACAUACCUGAGGUGUAUGGAAAGAAGUACUAUCAGCCAGAGCAUUACAUCUCUAAGAGGCUGCUGGAGAAGAUUGCCUUGCCCUUUAUAAGAGAGGAAUUACCCAGACUGCAUGCUCUGAGUACCCGCAUGCUCCCCGAGGAAGCCGAGAUGGAGUUCCUAAAGGUUGCCCAGCAGCUCCCAGAGUACGGAGUGCUGUUCCACCGAGUCGCCCGGGAGAAGAAGCCAGUCAUGGGAGAGCUGGUCCUGGGUAUAUGUGCCAGAGGAAUCAUGGUCUAUGAAGUCAAAGACGACUCCCGCGUCAGCUAUCUCAGGUUGCAGUGGCAUGAAACGGACUGCAUUUCCUCUACUCGUCGCAAGUUCACUCUGCAGAAUAGCGUCAGUCGGAGAAAGCAUACCUUUCUCACCGAGAGCUCAAGGAUCUCAAAAUACCUCCUCAACCUCUGCUGCGCCCAGCACAAGUUUCACAUAGAGAUGAACUCCAGAGAGCUCAGCCACAGCCUGGCCUCAGAGGAGAGCAUCGUCCAGUACGCGGUUGUCUGCAGGGCGCGGUGCAGUCAAGCCAAGGCGUUAUCCCGCUCCAACGUCAUCCUGAACGGGGGCGGGCCGUUCUCAGGGAACACCUCGCGCUGUGACUCUGCUGCCAAGCCCCACGAGGACAUGGCGUCCAGGAUGGAGGAGCGAAUCAAACAGCAGCGGGAGCAUCGAGAACAGAGGGAGGACGAGGGCGAGCAGCCGGCCUGGAGGGCCCCAGACAGAGGCACUCACGAGGAAUCCACCAUGUCCUUGGUCAAUCAAGAUUCUGAGGGUCCGUCCGUCUCAGCAGAUACCCCAACAAAGUUUGCUUUGCCAGAGAGGGAAAUCGUCUGUGUGACCCUGAAGAAGGACCCUAAAGUUGGCCUUGGCAUUGUUAUCGUCGGAGAAGAAAACACGGAAAAUCUAGACCUUGGUAUUUUCAUUGCCUCCAUCAUACCUGACGGGCCAGCAGAUAAGGAUGGGCGUAUUGCACCAGGCGGGCGGCUCAUCUCUCUCAACAAGAUCAGCCUGGAGGGGGUGACCUUCAGCGCCGCGGCGGACAUCAUGCAGAGCAGCCCCGAAGAGGUGGAGCUAAUCAUUUCCCAGCCCAAACGCCUCCAGGUGCAAAGCAACGUGGGAUUGGUGUUGGAGAGAAACUACGACUCCCAGACCACCCUGACAGCGGACUGCCGCCCGGGCGAGGAGGAAGCGGAGGAUAUCCCGUCCGAGGUCGUGACCCCAAAACCCGGGAGUCUCCUGCCUGUGCCCGUGGUUCGAAUUAUGGAUGAACAGGAGUGCUACUCCAGGUCGUUGUCUUUGUCCAGCCUGGGAGGAGCAGAGGUGAUCUCCGUGGAGCUGAAGAAGACCGAUGACAGUCUAGGGAUGAAUGUCACUGGAGGCGUCAAUACCAGUGUCCGCCAUGGUGGGAUCUACAUCAAGAGUCUGACUCCCGGAGGGGCUGCUGAACAAGAUGGCCGAAUCCAGAUAGGUGACAGGCUGCUGGAGGUGAACGACAUCUGCUUGAGGAGCGUCACGCACCAGCAGGCUGUGGAGUGUCUGACCAGGACUGGAGAGGUGGUGAAUCUGGUCCUGGAGAGGGAGCCCCUGGCAGAGCAGUGUCCCAGCCCCAACACACAGAACACCCCGCCCAGCCCGAGAACCGCCAGAACCAUCCAGAUCAGGAAGAUCAGCUGCCCUGCCGUUCCCAUGACGACGCCCUUUUCCAUGAACGCCUACCAGGACUACAGCUUCCUCACGGCGGAAAACACACAGGAAGUGACGCUGAGGAAGAACGCCAACGGCCUCGGGUUCAGCUUCAUGAUAACACCGCUGGACAUAGCAGGGGAUUCUGGGAGCAUUGUCAAGAUCAAGAGACUUUUCCCGGGCCAGCCAGCGCAGGAGUGUGGGCUGAUCCAGGAAGGAGAUGUCAUCCUGGCCGUCAACGGCCAUCCGCUUAGGGGGCUGUCCUAUCAGAGGGUUCUCCACCUGCUACGGGGCGUGAAGGGUGACGUCAGGCUGACCCUGUGUCGCCCUGCACCGGGUGGCCGUACAAACAGCAACCACGUCGGGAGUCCCACCCUGUCCCUCAGGAGGGAAAUGAGAUCAAAGUCAUUUGACGUGCAGCAGAGUAACGUCAUGGUGCGUGAGAACAGGGCAACCCCAGCACUGAGGGCCCAGGACACGGCUCCCAGAUGAGCAAUGACCUUACCAAGAACCCCCAGAACUUCCAAGAGCCUCUUUAGGAGACAGGAGUCUCCACAGUGCAUCAGCACUGACUGUGAAAAGAAUAUAGCCAUACCAC